AAGAAGCGAUUAAUUUUGAGAUCUAACACUAUUCUCGAAUUAACUACAGUUGUGUAAAGUAAUAAAUACGUUAUAAUACGAUACGUCUUCUCUUAUAUAGUCAAAUAUAUUCCCGCAGGAAAAAACGAGAUGAAAUUAAUAAUCUUUACUGGUUUUUUGUUGACUCUAGCAAGUCCACUUCUUGCUGAAAAUAUCUUCAAGAUUAAUAUUUCGCCAGAGGAGGCCCAACAAUUUUUGAGCAGUUCAAAUCUUAAAGGUCUAGACAAUAUUGACUAUGCACCUAAGACGGGUGAAAAUGAGUUGCCAGAAUCUCGCAAUGAAAAAGGUGAGUUCGUAUACAUGGGUCGUGUGAUAGAUCAUCCUGAGGAAUACGUGGAAGAGCAUUAUGAUGCUCAUCAAUACCAUGGACAGGAUGGAUUAGGUCAAUAUGUAUAUGGCUAUCGCGAUUGGAAUCAGGGCAAAAAUGAAAAGAAGGACGAAUCCGGAACAGUGAGUGGUUCAUAUAAGUAUGUUCAACCUACUGGUCGAGACUUUGUGGCCAAAUACUACGCGGAUCGAACAGGUUUUCAUGUCGAAGAUAAUCGACCAGCACAUUUAAAGGAGCCUGCCACCAAAACACCAGCAGUUCGUAAAGCUGAGGAAGAGCAUUUUAAACUGUGGGGCGAACUGGCAGCUGCCAACGGUAAUAACCCUGAUCCAUUUGCUCCUGAAUAUCAGCAGCAACGCAAUGAGCCUGCUGAAUCAGAAUACAAAGAAUAUGUUCACCAGGAACCACCUUAUGUUCCUGGACCUGAAGAAACUGGCCCUCCUCGUGGUUUCUUUUACGCAUUCGACUAUAAUGUUCCCUUAUUGCGCAACAAGAAGGAACGAGAGGAGUUGGAGCAGCUUCGAACUGAAUAUAAGAAUGAAUGAAUGCUGAAUAAGUAAAAUAUAACAAUGUUUUGUAAAUACGAUAGAUGUACAAACAACAAUUUCGUUUUAUAUUAUUCAAACAUAGUUGGUUCUUAAAUAUUUCCAGUGAAAACAAAAUAAUACACACAAAUGAAAAUAUUGUUAUUAAAAUAUAAUUGUGAAUUUCAGUUUUAUUUUAAACGCAUUAAUUAAACGAAAAAAACUAUAAUAUCAUCUUAAUAAUUUGUCCUAUAAGUGCUCCCAAAUAAAUGUGAAAACUAUUAUUUUUGCACGCA